UACUGGAAUAUAUAUGAGAAAACAGAGAUUUUUCUAAUCUAGCUUAGAGUUCAGUGCCUAUAGACAGACGUCGCGAGUGCUGUGCUCAUACUUAAAUGACACUCAAACGCAAAAGGCAUAAAAACUAAGCGUUUGUCGGGACCCAAAUAUUAAGUUUCCGCCCCCAAGCCGCCAUAAAACGAGUUGCGAGAGCUAGUGCGAUGACUGUCCUCAACAUGCACGCCAAAAUGAUAAUAUUGAUUUUAUUUUUCUACAACGGUUCCUACAACUGGAGUAAAAAGCAGUAAGGCCCCAGGCAGCCCUCUCACUUAUCCCUUCGGCAGGCGGCGUUUGGUUUUGUGUGUGCCGUCCUGCGAGUCGAAUUGAAAAUAAGUGUUCCCAUCCCAACGUCCGUCGCCCAAAACAAAAACACCCGAGUCCGAUUUGUUUACCUACGAACCGUUGGAGCAAAACAAAAAUCGCGUUCAGGUUCGACUCCCCUGGCUGUUGUGUGGAAUUUUUCAGGCCUUUUUGCGUCAUAGGUUGAAAUACUUUGGUUCGCGCGAAUACGAGCGGUACGCUGCGGUACAAAACUGUGUCGACGUCGGCAGAGCGGCGACUCCGGAACCCGAUCGCUUAUAUAGCGGCGCGCUCGUCCGAUUUUCAUCAGUCGCAACGCGUCUCUCGUCGUCCAACGACCAGCGGAAAAGCCAAGGAAAUCGUUCGAAAGUAGCCGAGUGCAAGUGCAUAUAGUAUCGCGGCCGUGUCGAACCAAAUCCUCUUCGAUGUCGAUUAACUCGCCAAUAUCGUUGCAAAACUCUGACCUGCAUUGAACAGGCACAGGCGACCUCCAUAAGUACAAGCCAAACCAUCAAAACAAAGACAGAGCCACGAUAAAGAGGCCGCAAACAACAAGUUGUUUGCUUUUAGUUCGCGUUCCCCUUAUUUUUUUCCUUCCGUUCGGUUUUCCACGCACGCGCGUCGGGAAAAUCCGUUGAAAAGCCAGCGGUUGAAGAGCAACUGUUGCGUCCCACCAACCGAAUCGAAGCCAAGCCAUCCCAGACCUUCAAGUGGUAACAAAAACCGCAGGGAGUUCCAAGUUUUGUGUGAAGAAAGCGACCGACCCGAGAUCCUAACCAGGAAAACAACAGUUUCGUUUAUUGGGCUUAGGCCAUUGUAUGGAUCAGUCUAAACCAACAACGAAACUUGGAGACGAGCCGGACCUCCUGUUCAAGCGAGCGCAGGGCCGGAUUAGUCUGAUCAGUGCUGGAGUAGGAGCAGCCCCCCAGGCUGGCCAAGCUGCCCAACCACCGCUGCAUUCCAGCCAACAACAGUUCGCCAACAUUCAACUAGACGCCACGCUCAAUGACUGCGAAAGUGGCUAUGUGCCCACCGUGGGCCGCUGGGGCUCCGAAUGGCCGAUGGCCCCUCCGCGCGCGGAGGAGGUCGCUCCCGCCGCCGCUGCCCAGGAUCCGUUGCUCCCGGCGGAUCAGCAGCUGGCGGAUGCAGUGGUGCGCGGAAUGGGAUUGACUACGACGCGAUCUGCCGCCGCAACUGAGCACCCAACUGGACGUGGCACUGGCGCCAUCCGUCGCACUCCCUCCACCUCCAGCGAGGAGGACUUGGAGGACGAGGAGCUGGUGCCUCCGACCGACCUGACAUCGGUGGAUGGAUCGGAGCGCUACUCCGACAUCAGGCAGCUGCUGGCCAGACAGCAGCCCGUCGCGGGAUCGCUGGAGGGGAUCUCCGGCGGUCAGUGGAUCGUGGGUGAUGGCUACGAUCUGGAGGCCUUCAACCAGAUAAACGGGGUGUGGCCCCUCGGCCACCCGCUGCCCCUGCCCGACUGGUCGAGCUCGGAGUCCGCAGGCAAGGGCACCCUGAUCUUCGACAACGUGUGGCAGUAUGAGGAGCUGAACGGGAUCGUGGAGACCACGCUGCAGCGGAUGCUGGAGGAGACGCACUACAACACGGUCAAUCUCUUCGUCGACUUCUAUCGCAGCUUCAAGCGCACCCGUCGCUCCGACCUGCGCAGCUUCUUCCAGUUCUACGAUGUGCCCAUCAACAGGCGCCACCACAUGUGCGUCUCCCUGGCCUUCGAGAUCAUGGCCAGGAUGGUGCAGCUGUUCCCGGUGCUGGCCAACUACCUGUACGUGGUGUCCUGCGAGGAGCAGGUGAUGGACUGCAACGACUACGUCCAGCUGGACGAGGAGUGCGGCCUUAACUCGGUGGAUGCGGGUGUGGAGAAGGAGCACGUGAUGGUGGCCAUGCGCAUUGCCAUCGGCGAGCGACGGGGUGUGAUGAUCCUGGACCCAGGGUACCAUGUCAGCCGGGCAGUGACGGUGAUGCAGGAUCAGAGCUAUCCCCACACGGGCUGGUUCACCCAAUCCAAGGAGCCGCGUCUGCAGCGGGACUACUGCUACGAGUAUAGCCAGCAGAACGGCAAGUUCGUGGAGUGGAAGGAGCGCGAGAUCCGCGGCGAGGAUACCAGCUACAAGACCUCGCUGGUUUACGUAGCCCAGGAGUACAUCACGGCCAUCGACGUGACCGUGCGGCGUAACCUGGUCUACAACUUCCGAUCCCUGCUCUCGCGGGAUGCCAAGGGGCAGGUCUUCGCGGGCAUCUACUUCCCGCUGGUGGCCAAUGGCCAGGAGGCCUAUCUGACCAUCUUCUACGACGGACCCAAUGACCAGCGGGUGCGCACGAAGCUGAUGUUCAACGCCUUCAAGGUGGGCAAGGGAAAGCUGCCGGAUUACGUGAGCCAACAUCUCAGCAGGCUGGCGCCGCAGUUGAAGAUGCCCCUGCCGGAACUGACGGAGCUGUGCAAGUCCCUGGCCGAGGUGGUCACCGACCAGAACUUCGUCAGCCAGGUGCUGGCCAUAAACGACGACAUCGGCAACAUGUCCGUGGAGAAUUGACAGUUAAAGGAGCCUAAGGAUGUCGCUGCUACGGAAACGGAAACGAAGACGGAGACACAGGCGAAAAAAGACACUGACAACGCAGCUGCAACUUAGAGUUCCGACCCCCAUCCUAUUUGAAUACUUUUCCCCUUCCAGUAUAUUCUUUGGUAGCACCUAGGCACCUCGUACACCAGCACACACGAUUCAAGGAUAUAUUUCAAUUUAGUCUAGUAUAUAUUUCAAAAUACUUAUUCACCCGUACACACGAGAACACACUCUAUAUGGUAAUCCCAAUUGAUGAUUUAACCGAAGGCGAAACGCUAGUAAUCUAAGCCACAAAAGCCCAAGAUCGUAGAUUUCGAUUUUCACUUAGCUUCUGUUUAUUUCGAACUAAGUAUAUACGAAUGCAACACUAUAUAAAGGCAAAAUUAGUUAAUAACUGGUAUCAAGGCAAAACAUAAAUUGUAAUUGUUGUACGACAUAUUUCCGUUUUAUCACUUAAAGCACUGUACUAUUUCGGUUCAAUAAAUAAAUCAGCUAGCAAAACGA